AUGAGACGACAAUAAUACUUGGAAAUUAAAUUUAAGCCUUUUAUACAAGCUAAUUAGUGCAACUAUCCUAUUACUUAUAUUACUAAUUCUGAUUUCAUUACCACUAAUGAAAUAUAACUAAUCAGCAAAAAUGACUAAAUCAUAGUCUAUCAUUUUUAGACUUAAAACAAUGAACUGGCCCACCUAGAUAAAAUAAAUUUCAGGAUAAUAGCAUAGACAGAAAUAUAUAAUAGUUCAUCUCUUAACUAACCAUUGAAUAUAAGUAUCAAGGUAGUAAAGCCAAAUUCACAAGGGCCUAAGUUUUACAAAAAAUUAGAGCAAUUGGAUAUUUACCCAGGUGAGAUUAAGUACUACAAAUUUCCAGAUAUAUUUGACUUCGAUAAUGACUCACUUAAAGAAGCUUAGCUAGACUUAUUUAGAGCUUAGCAAUUUGUUCUAGGUAGUUUUCCUAGAUUUUUCAUUUCUCCAGAAGUUAAGUAUAUUGGUAAUUAUUCAAUUAAAGUUACACUAAUUGACGAUAACGUCAAUCCACUUCAAUCAAUCUAUUAUUUCAGAGUCAAUGUAUUGAAGAUUCCUCCAGUAAAAAUAACAACUACUCCUCAAUAAUAGAUAAUAGGAGAAUUUAAUGAUGAGUAUUUAAGUAGUAAAUAUGCAAACAGCAAAAUUGUAAAAGCAACUUUAAAGAGCGUCAAUCUUAAUGGUUUAGCAAAGGUAACUUUUAAUACAAGGUUAAGUGUACCCUAAUAAUUUUAUGAUAUUGAUAACAAGACUCUUAUACUAAAGAUCUAUGGAAUAAGCGGAUUGGAAAGAUAAAUUGAUUUCAGUUGGAACAUAGUCUCAUUCAAAUAAUCUCAAUUGGAAAUCUAAUUAGUCUUUAAAAAUCCAUCUCAAAUAUCAGUAGAAGUAAUUUUAGGAAUUCUAAAAAAUUUCAAUAUAGAGAUUUGA